UUCCCACAAUGCUCCGCGCGGGCGGAGGCGCGGCCAGCCGAGUAUAAAUAAAGCCACGACAUCGGCCGAUCACCUUCAUCGAUGAGGAGCCCGUUGAAGCCGCGCGGAACCUUGAGCACGCGCUGCGGGGGGACGGAGCGCAGGUCCGGGACUGGUUCGUAGUCUUUAGCCGCUAGCUAGCGCCACAGCUAACUCCAGCUAGCCGGCUAGCCGCGCUGAUUGACAGCUGUCCGUCAUGGGGAUCAAUAGAGCCGCCGUGGCGGUGGGGUUCGUAGUGUCCGGGGUCCUCAUGGUGUUCUUCGGGACUGUCCUCACCUUUGUGGGGCCGAUCAUCAUCGACGACCAGGUGGUGAAGAACACGGUGAUCGACCCGAAGAACGAGGUGUCCUACACCAUGUGGAAGGACGUCCCGGUGCCCUUCUUCAUGUCCGUCUACUUCUUCCACGUCCUCAACCCCAAGGAGGUGCUGGCCGGGGAGACGCCCAUGGUGGAGCAGAGGGGCCCCUUCGUCUACAGGUGACGACGACGUCGACGACACAUCACGUUCCACGCCAGGGACGUGUCCUACCGCGAGUACCGCCGCUUCUUCUUCGAGCCGUCCAUGUCCUCGGGGGGACGAAUGAAGCCUGUUUUGUCCCUGCAGCUGACCGGCGUCCCUCUCAACGUCUCCAUCCGCCUGCAGCUCAACCUCUACAUGAAGAAGGUGUCGGCCAUCACAGAAACUGGAAAGAUCUCCGAGGUGGUGAUGCCGAUGAUCUGGUUUGAGGAGAGCGGCUACAUCGACGGGCCCAUCCUCUCCACCUUCCACACCAACCUGGUGGUGCUCCCCGCCGUGAUGGAGGCCAUGCAGUACGGCUUCAUCGCCCUCGGCCUCGCCACCAUCCUCAUCGCCUCGCUGCUGCACCACAGGGUGACGAGGGCUCGUUCACAUGUGACCACGACGUUCUCAGGAGACGACGACCCUGUCUCCGAUAAAGAGCGAAUAGAAGGAGCUCACGACCCCCAAACGAAGGAGAAAUGUGUCAUUAAUAAUUAAGAGGAGGUGACAGGAAGUGGACCCGUCCUACGGAAACAAGAGCACUUCUACUGGACAGAAGGAACCUUUGCUGAAGACACACACACACACACACA